ACAGGUGUGACUGUCGGAGCUGUGGAGCAAAUGUUUUUAUUUGUAACCAGUUCAUGUUGGCUCAUUUACGUCUAAAAUAGUGAAAUAGAAACUCUCUGUAAAGCUGUUGUAGCUCUCUGCGUCGACAAACACGGAGUUAAUUCAUAAAAUACGGGCGUUUUGUCUGUUAGCUUGUGUGCUAGCGUGGUCGGUGAGCAGUCUGGAGAUGUGCACUCAGACGAAGGCUGCAGCUCUGAUGAUGAACAUCCCGCAGGCUGACAUCGACCCCUCCGGUGUCUUUAAGUAUGUCCUGAUCAGAGUUCACAGCAGAGAGCCGGGAGACGACUCGGAGGUCGACAUAGUCCGAGGAUACGGCUGGGCGGAGUACCACGCUGAUAUCUAUGAAAAGGUUGCUGAGGAGCUGGAAGAGGGCGGCCUCCUGGACUGUGAGUGUGUGGGAGGAGGGAGGAUCAAACAUGAUCCCCAAGAUAAGAAGAUUCACGUCUAUGGAUACUCCAUGGGAUAUGGAAGAGCAAACCACGCAGUGACCACUGAGAAACUGAAGGUUCGGUAUCCAGACUAUGAGGUGACCUGGGACAAUGAAGGAUACUGAACUGAACUAAGACCAGACUCUGCUGGACACUCAGGACUGACAUGGCACUUACCUGUAAUUGCAAAAUUUAGAACCAUACAAAGUCCACUAAGGAGCUUUUGAUACUAAAUUACUAAUCCGGGACUAAGACUGACAUACAACACCAAGUCUUAAAAAAAUAGAAAAUAUUAUAA